CAGGUGGUGCAGGCGGUGCAGGCGGUUCAUCUCGAGUCGGAUGCUUUCCUAGUUUGUCUCAACCACGCUCUGAGCACAGAGAAGGAGGAGGUGAUGGGACUGUGUAUAGGGGAGUUGAAUGAUGACACAAGGAGUGACUCCAAAUUUACAUAUACUGGAACUGAAAUGCGCACAGUUGCUGAAAAGGUUGACACCAUCAGAAUUGUUCACAUUCAUUCUGUCAUCAUCUUGCGACGUUCGGAUAAGAGGAAGGAUCGAGUGGAAAUUUCUCCAGAGCAGCUAUCUGCAGCCUCAACGGAGGCAGAGAGGUUGGCUGAAUUAACAGGUCGCCCCAUGAGAGUGGUGGGCUGGUAUCAUUCCCAUCCUCAUAUAACUGUUUGGCCUUCACAUGUUGAUGUUCGCACACAAGCCAUGUACCAGAUGAUGGAUCAAGGCUUUGUAGGACUUAUUUUUUCCUGUUUCAUUGAAGAUAAAAACACAAAGACUGGCCGGGUACUCUACACUUGCUUUCAAUCCAUUCAGGCCCAAAAGAGCUCAGAGUAUGAAAGGAUUGAAAUCCCAAUCCAUAUUGUACCUCAUGUAACCAUUGGAAAAGUGUGCCUUGAAUCAGCAGUUGAGCUGCCCAAGAUCCUGUGCCAAGAGGAGCAGGAUGCAUAUAGGAGGAUCCACAGUCUUACACAUCUGGAUUCAGUAACCAAGAUCCAUAAUGGCUCAGUGUUUACCAAGAAUCUGUGCAGUCAGAUGUCAGCAGUCAGCGGGCCUCUCCUACAGUGGUUGGAGGACAGACUGGAGCAAAACCAACAGCAUUUGCAGGAGUUGCAACAAGAAAAGGAAGAGCUUAUGCAAGAACUUUCUUCUCUAGAAUAAAGUGGGAGAUAAAAGGAGG